AUGGCUGAAACGGUCCCAAAAGAGCCAGACUUCGAUAUGUCCUCUAAAAGAGGGCAUCUCACUUCCCAAGUAGAGCAUGCUCUGCAGUUUUCAGUAGACUAUGCUUUGGGCUCGGUGCACUCCGAUGGCCAUUGGUGCGGUGAACUCAAAUCUAACGUCACCAUCACUGCCGAAUAUAUCUUCCUCCAACAGGCCCUUGGACUGGAUUUGAAAGCCGACAAUGCUGCCUAUCGUCGCCAUAUACUCGCGCAGCAGAACCGCGAUGGCUCCUGGGGUCUGGCCCCCGAAUACCCAGGCGACGUAUCGACCACGACCGAAGCUUACCUCGCACUGAAGAUAUUGGGGAUGAGCGUGGAAAUACCUGCUAUGCAACGAGCCCGAGCAUAUGUGCUUAAUGCAGGUGGCGUUGCGCGGAUUCGCGUUUUCACCCGCAUUUUCCUCGCAACCUUUGGAUUGUUUCCGUGGGAUGCAGUCCCUCAGCUGCCGGUGGAGCUCAUUCUUCUCCAUUCCAUCUGUCCAGUCAAUAUCUACAAAUUUUCGUCUUGGGCCCGCGGUACCAUUGCCCCGCUGCUAAUCAUAUGCCAUCAUCGGCCUGUGUAUGCGCUUCCAAACGGCACAUCUGCUCAGAACGAUUAUCUCAAUGAUUUAUGGCUUGAUCCUACGAAUAAAAACGUACCAUAUGGCCCAUCUCUCAGCGAGUUGCUGUCCCAGGCAGACAUCAUUGGAAUCGCAUUUAGCGUCUUGGACAAACUGCUCUAUCAACUAAACGGACUUCGCUCCGUACCUCUGCUACGGCGAUACGCUCGACGGAAGUGCAUACAGUGGAUACUGGAGCGCCAGGAACCCACCGGCGACUGGGCCGGGAUCUUCCCGCCCAUGCACGCCAGUGUGUAUGCGUUCGUUCUGGAGGGGUACAACCUCGACGAUGACCCUGUCCGUCUUGGUAUCCGAGCAUUGGAGAACUUUGCAUGGGAGGACGAUCAGGGAAAACGAAUCCAAGCUUGCGUGUCGCCUGUGUGGGACACGGCUCUCAUGUCGAUUGGCCUCUGCGAUGCCAUGGCACCAGAUCGGCAGAUACUAGACCAGGCCAUUACUUGGGUCCGAAACCGCCAGUUACUUGAACCCUGCGGAGAUUGGUGCGUAUACCGGCCACGGCUGGCUCCUGGGGGCUUCUGCUUUGAGUACACGAAUAGUUUCUAUCCUGACGUGGACGACACCGCUGCGGUGAUCCUUGCGCAGGUGAAGCACGACGUCAAGUCCCUUGAUUCGGAUUCUGUCAUCGCAGCGACCACAUGGAUCCUGGGCAUGCAGAACCCCGACGGAGGAUGGGCUGCAUUUGAUGUGGAGAAUGAUAAGCUGUAUCUCAACAAAAUCCCCUUCAGUGACAUGGACAGUCUCUGCGAUACAUCCUGUCCGGACAUUACAGGACGGAUCCUGGAAGCCUUCGGAUUCAUGAUGAAGCAUGCUCCUGAGAAAACAAGAGCCAUAGAGCUGUUCCCUGCUUUGCGUGAAGCAUGCACCCGCGGCAUCGACUACCUUGCUGCUGCGCAAGAGCUCAACGGAGCCUGGUUCGGACGAUGGGGCUGCAACUAUGUCUAUGGGACGAGUCACGCGCUGUGUGGUCUGGCAUACUUUGUCGAUGCGGACCAGCGAGUUGGUCGGUUGGUGCAGCCGGCUCUGGGGUGGCUGAAGUCUAAGCAAAAUGUUGAUGGCGGUUGGGGCGAGUCGUUGCUCUCAUACCGGUCUCCUGACAAAUGGCAGCAGACAUCCACCGCCUCGCAAUCUGCUUGGGCGUUGAUGGGAUUGCUGGCCCAUCUUCCUCUUACAGACAUCGCGAUUGAGCGCGGAAUUCGCUGGCUAGUAUACUCCCAGAGACCGGAGAAGGGCAUUGGGUCUUCGUGGCCUGAGGCAGUGUACACUGGAACGGGUUUCCCGAAUCAAUUCUAUUUGGGCUAUGAUUACUAUCGUCACUACUUUCCUAUGAUGGCCCUUGGGCGGUAUCUGCGGAGGAUUAGAGGACUUGGAUAUUAG